ACCGUAAUUACUAAUUCAUUACAAUGCGAAGGGGAGUGACGCAGUUCUCGAAAACCGAACGCUUCUUCCACGCUUUCCCGCGUAUGACCUGAAAUUAACUCCGCGAAUCUCUCCCACCCGGGUUGAGGACGACGAAGCUCGGAGGCAAACACCGCCAGCGGUCGCGUGGACUUGGGGCUGUAUGUGCCAGCCGUCGCGUUCCUUGGGAUUCGGGUGCCAUUCCGGUUGGAGGUUGCGGUCGAACCGCUAGGACUCGAUGCGAUAACCAGGGCGAGACAUGCCGCAGCCUAAGUCACGAAAGCUCGCCAUCCUCGGCUACCGAUCCGUAGGGAAGUCCUCUUUGACCAUUCAGUUUGUGGAGGGUCAGUUUGUCGACUCCUAUGAUCCGACAAUAGAAAACACGUUUACUAAAAUGAUCACGAUAAACGGCCAAGAGUAUCAUCUUCAGCUGGUGGACACAGCAGGACAGGAUGAGUACUCCAUCUUCCCUCAGACGUACUCCAUAGACAUAAAUGGCUACAUCCUGGUCUAUUCCGUCACGUCCAAUAAAAGCUUUGAAGUGGUCCAAGUGAUUCACGAAAAACUGCUGGACAUGGUGGGGAAAGUUCAAGUUCCCAUCAUGCUGGUCGGAAACAAGAACGACCUGCACAUGGAGCGAGUAAUCAGCUGCGAAGAAGGGAAAGCAUUAGCCGACUCCUGGAACGCUGCCUUCAUGGAAUCCUCGGCUAAAGAAAACCAGUGCCCACCAUUUGGGAUCGUUGUGAAUCAGGCCGAGAGAAGCCUCCAAAAGCGCAUCAUGAACAGCAGCUGUGUGCCACUGUCUGUGCAGACCGCCGUGGAGGUUUUUCGCAGGAUGAUCCUGGAGGCGGAGAAAAUGGACGGCGGCGCUCAGCCCGGCAAGACGUCUUGCGCCGUCAUGUAGGGGGAGGCCACAACCAACGCAACUCAGCGCGCGCACAUGCACACGCACACAUACACACAGACAAGACAACUGCACUGCACUAGGAUAUCCCGUUUUACUUGAAGGCUAGAUAACGCCACUUCUCCUCCAUCACGCCGGGUCCUGAAUAUCCUCCAUGACUCUGGAAACUUUUGUUUAUCAGAAUUGUCAUCCACGUUUUCCUUUUGGGUGUGCUUGGUGCGGAAGCGUGACGAGUGGCGCUCAUGAAUUUCAUCGCAAACCGUGUCUCCAAACAAGCCCCCGCCCCAAUCAUAUGAUCUUGACAAUAAUAACUCGAGAAAGCGGAUGCGUCUUCUGUCUCAUUUUACUUUCCAUAUAGCAGUAAGUGUCAGCCAAAUAGUCGAAAACAAAACAAACAAAAUAAAAACGUCAUCCAUUUUUUUAAAUUGAAAAUGUUGUACAAAUGUUUUGGAUUGUAAUCAUUAAAACCAAAAGUGGUUCUGUAAAAAGCA